AUGCUCGCCGCGGUCUACGUCUGCGGCUUCGUCGCGACGCUCUGGCUCCCGUUCGUGUGCGCCGACGCGCGAUCGCGCGCGCCGCCGAGCGCGAGCGUCGUCGAGGCGCUCGCGCGCGAGGCGAACCCGAAGCUGGCGCUGUUGUUACUGUUCAACGCCGUGAACGCGCUGAUAUGCGUGUGGGAGAUCGCGCUCUGGACGCACCGCGCGAACGUGCAAAAGCUACACCGCGGGUACCUGAAAAAGUUCGGGAACAGGGUGCUCCCGAGACCGUUAUGUUUAUUUGAAGAUAUUACGCUCGCGCAAGCGCUGUCGCUGAAGCACUGGUCGAUCGUGUUCGCGCAGUACGCCAGUCUCGAUCCGUCGUACGUCCAGCACACGUCGUGGAGCUUUUGGAUAGACGUCGGCAACGGCUUCACCAUGCUCGUCCCCACCGUCGCGCUCUCCAUCGCCGUCACGUCCUGGCCCGAGGUCCCCAUGAUCGCGUCUUUCACCCCGCGCUCGGUCGGCAUCGUCGCCAUCGUGAUGAAUUAUCAAAUGUUUUACGGCACCGUGAUGUACUAUUGCAACUAUUGCUACAAUCGCUACGACGUCGGCGCGUCCGCGACGAGCAAAGUCGUCGUCUUCGCCGCCAACCUCGUGUGGAUCGUCGGUCCGUUGGCGUGGAUCUUUUACGCCGUGCGUUUCGUGCACUCUAAUUCAUUAGCCAUCGUGUAG